AUGAGAAUUACUCACUUUGCAGCCCUUGCUAGUUUAUUCACAUUCAUCAGUGCUGCCCCAGCACCAGGUGUCCACACAGUCUUUAUAACUGCCUACACCACUGUCAUUGUCGACCAAAGUGGAGUAACACACACCCCUACUUUAGCCACCACUGAAACAGCAGACGCCAUGGCUGCACUUUCCCUUACUUCAAAUUCAGAAAUUUCCCAACCAACUACAUUGACUUCCCAAUAUGUUCCAUCGAGUAGCAAUACAAUUCCAGAAUCACCUUCUUCUACUUCAUCACAAUCGCUGGCUGCUUCGUCCUCAGAAUCAUCUGGUUCCAUUCAAUCAGGUGAAGGAACUUACUACAGCACCGGAAUGGGAGCCUGUGGUAAGGUCAGUAGUGAUAGUGACUAUAUCAUUGCCAUCUCUCACGAGUUGUAUGAUGAGAACAACAUCGACAAUAAUCCGAACCACAACCCAUUGUGCGGCAAAAAGAUUAGAGCUUAUUAUGAAGGAAAUUCAGUUGAUGUAACUGUGGUUGAUCGUUGUGAAGGUUGUGCUUACAAUGAUUUGGAUUUUUCUCCUUCAGCAUUCACUCAAUUGGCUGAUAAGAGUUUGGGUAGAAUCGACAUUACCUGGGAAUGGUUAUAG